UCUCUUUCAACAGCGCCUGCUGCGCUAAGCAAGGAUGGGGCGUUCCUCCAAAGACAAGCGCGACAUCUACUACCGCCUGGCCAAAGAAGAAGGGUGGCGAGCCCGCAGUGCAUUCAAACUUCUGCAGCUGGAUGAGGAGUAUCACCUGUUUCAAGGUGUCUCUCGAGCCGUGGAUCUGUGCGCCGCUCCCGGGAGCUGGAGCCAGGUUUUGAGCCGGAAACUCAAGGGGGACGGCGUCAAGAACGCGGACGUCAAGAUAGUAGCUGUCGAUUUGCAGGCCAUGGCCCCACUGCCAGGAAUCGUCCAAAUCCAAGGCGACAUCACCAAGGUCUCGACAGCCCAGGAAAUCAUUCGCCAUUUUGAGGGGCAGCCAGCUGACCUGGUGGUGUGCGAUGGAGCCCCUGACGUGACUGGACUUCACGACAUCGAUGAGUACAUUCAGGCCCAGCUGCUUCUCGCAGCCCUGAACAUCACCACCCAUGUCUUAAAGAAAGGAGGGACUUUUGUAGCAAAGAUCUUCCGAGGGAAGGACGUCACCCUGCUGUAUUCCCAGCUGCGCAUUUUCUUCCCCGACGUGACCUGUGCCAAGCCACGAAGCAGCCGCAACUCCAGCAUCGAAGCCUUUGUUGUUUGCCGAAACUACAGCCCCCCAGAAGGCUACGUCCCAAACAUGUCCAACCCCCUCCUGGAUCACUGUUACGAUGUGGAUUUUAACCAGCUGCAGGGCCCCAACCGGGUCAUCGUUCCCUUCUUGGCUUGCGGAGAUCUGAGCGCUUAUGAUUCGGACCGGACGUAUCCCCUACAGCUGGAACCCGGAAAGGAAUACACCUACCUGCCUCCCACUCAGCCUCCCAUCCGCCCCCCUUACGAAGAAGCCUGCUUCUUAAAGAAACGGAACCUUCUCGCCAAGGAAACAGCAGCCCAGCCUCAACCGCCACCAGCUGCCCUCAGUGAGCCUCCACUGCCUCAAGAGGAGGGGGCUUCCGGUACUUGUGAGACUGAACUGGUCAAUGCCCUGGAGGAGUUGUCCACAUGACAUUACCCCUGAGGCCUGUGGGAGAGGACGAGGCCUGGCAACGUGCGCAUGCUGCCCCCUGCUGGUUUGAAAGGCGUUUAGUUUAACAAGGGAAUGUUAGCUCAGGGGAUUUCUUGUUUCCACACUUUAAAGACUUCUGAAAGCCCCCCCACCCCCACCCCAGCCGCUAAACAAAUUCAAGUCAAUGUCAGUUUCUUUUUUAAAAAAAUAAUUUUUAUUAUGAAUUUUUUAAACCAAAAGAUAAAAACUUAACAGCGGGCACUUAACAGAAAAGAGAAACGCAAAAUUGAAGAAAACAAAGAAAAGAAGAGAAGGAAAAAAAUAAAGAAACGACUUCUGAUUUUCUCCACAACCAAUACAAGUAAAAUUGCAAACUUCACACUCUAAUUACAAAUAAAAGCUCCCUUUUUCUGUUAUCUAAUUUUUCCACCCCUUAAUCAUCAAAUCCACACAUCAUCAUUUCAUUUUUUUUCCGUUUCACGCAAAAAACUCUGUAAGGGGUUUCCAGUUAACAAUAAAUGUAGGUAAUGCCUUUUCUGUAAUCAUAGCAGUAGGUUUAGCCAUCUCUGCAAGUUCUUUAUCUUCACCAAUCGCUCCUCUAUUGUGGGUAGUGUAACGUUCUCAUUUUUGUGUAUAACAGUCUCGCUGCCGUUGUCAUCGUAUAUAAAAAUAAAAGUUCCAUUACUUUUUUCUA